UCUAAAUAUAGAUCGUUUUUCCACGAACCGGGGAGACUGUGUGCUAGCUACAAUAUUGAUCAUGUAAAAUUUGUUUCUAAUUUACCUGGAUCCAACUCAUGUUGACGUCGAGUGUUACCUUUAAAAGAUGCAGAAUCCUAAGAUUGAAUCUCAGGCCCGACGUCUGAGGGAGGUACUUCGUGGGAAGAUAACUCAGCAGGAAACAGCUUGCAGACUUAUCCAGGACUACGGCAGUGAGAGCGGAGCUUUGGAUUUCAUUUUAAACGGUGACGAAGAUGCUGUCAGAGACUAUCUGAACAAGGAUCCCGACUACAUCCGUGAGUUGAGGCGAGACGGCCAGCGAGUGGCCAGUCUGCUAGAGAACGGCCUUGAUGCCACGGUCCGGCAGUUCGCGUGUAGGGCCUGCAACAAGUCUUGGUGGAAGAAGGUGCCGGCUCGUAAGGAGGUGUCCAAGUGCAACAGGUGUAAGGUCAAGUACGACCCCAUCCCCCGGGACAAGGAGUUCGGCAUCGGGAAGUUCUUGUGUGAGUGUGGGAAUGAAUUCACAGGAUUUGGCGAGAUGAAUGUUACGUCCAGUAAAUGUUACAAAUGCGGGCAGAUGGUGCCCGUGGACCACAUGCUGCCCCCUAGGAAGGACAGACCCCGCAAGACCAGGCUGCCCCAUUCCUGUAAUGGCGUCAACUGUCCAGGACACGCCCAUGAUGCUGAUGACGUGGCGCUUGUGACGAACUUUGGCAGGAUGCAAAUCCAGGAUCCCGGAGCUGCUGGCUAUGGUAGAUGGGGAGGUAACUCUCCCGGAGGAGUGCCUGGUGGAUCAGCGCCUUGUGGUGGGCCAGGGUCAUAUGGAGGGUCAGGGUCAUAUGCAGGGUCACCAGGUUCCAGACGUGGACUAGCCGCAGGAAAUGUGCAGCCGGUGUGUGUCCACCCUAAGGCCGGCAACCAGAUCCGGACAUUCAGCGAGAGACAUCGGAGUACCGGCUCCACGGUGACAACCUUCCUAAGUCAGGGCAGUCUAGACAACAUGACCGUCAGUCAGUUCGGCUCGCUUGACGCCAUAGUCGAAUCAGACUAGUCUACAGAUCACACAUGUGUAUAUACAAAUACUGACGACCGGUGUAGAAAAAAUUCCAUGACUUAAUUUAUGGUGUUAAAAAAUGAGCGAUGCUUUGUGUGAAAACGAAUGGCAUAUGGCAUCAACCUAGUAGAUGUGAUAUGUCAUCAGACUAGUUGUGAUAUAUGGCAUCAAAUCUGUGGAUGGCAUAUGGCAUCAAGUCUUUGGAUGAUAAAAGGCUCUUGAAAGGGACUUGAAACUUCAAAAAUACGCUGUGUCCUUACAUCAAUGGAUUGAUUGUGUUUAACAAAUUCCAUGUUUCUUGUGAUAAUAGCCACUGAAGUAGUGAGGAAAUAUUUCAAGAAUGUUUCUCUCACUUCUUCAACAUGAGUCGAGAAAAAUAAAAUAAAGAUACAAAUAAAAACUACCAAGUAUGCGCAUUCAUGUUUUUAAAUUUUAGUAUGGGAAAUAACUCCAAUAGGCUAGAUGCAUUAAAAGAUUAAUUCUUUAAAAUGUUACGAAUCAAAAGAUUACGAAAUUAGUGUUCCUGAUUCAAUAGCCAAUCAUAGUUAGUCUUACAAAUGUUAUUAUCAGUUAAUGUCAAGGAUAGCCAAAGGUUAGUAUUUCCCCAUUUUUAUGAUCAGUUAACGUCAGUAGUAUCAUAAUGCAAGUUGUAGCCUAAUGUCAAUGAUAGCAUAAUGUCAGUGAUAGUCUGGCAAAACUUCAAGUUUGUUGUCUUAUGAAUUUAUGACAUUCUAUUAUUUCAAUGCAACAUUUUUUUUUACAUUGUGUACUCUACAGGCUCAUUACAAAAUAAAGCAUUAUGCUAAUUAGAAGUCCAGUUUGUUUAGCCCAUGCCAACUAUAAUAAGUGUCCCUCAUUCACAAUGGUUGGACGUCAUUAUCUUUUGUUUGAUUACCUUGCCAUGUUUGAUUGGUUGAAUUCAUUUGAACUAAAUAAAACCAUAACACACUAA